AUGUUUGCUAAACUGCGACCUCACCAUCGCCGCACCUCAUCGAAUCCCACGUCGCCGGCCGACCCACAACUACAACUACAACCCCAUCCCCAUCCCCAAUCCCAACCCUUCGAGCAACCCGCCCAUACAGAUCAUGCCCACCCCUACAGAUACCCGGACGGGAAGAUACUAGAGUUACCGACGUCUCGAUCGCCGCCGCCGCCGCCGCCGCCGCCACUGCCGCCGCUGCCGCCGCCAUCUUUACAGCUGCAGCCCAUUGCGCGCGUGUCUUCGGCAGACAGGGACUUGGAUGGGCCGUGGAAUGGCAUAUUCACAUACAGCGGACUGCAGCCGGGCACCAUCACAACCAUUACGAGCGAGAAAGACCCAUAUUCACGGAGAAACCACGGGAGGAUGCUAAAUGCUGCGUCGCCGAGAACAGAGUCGGCUGGGAUGACCGCUCCGACAAGCCACCACCGUCUACAGCAUCCACGAGCACAGGCGGAGAUGAAGAGGAAUCCGGAAAGUCCACGUCUCAGAUCGGACACCAGUCCUGGCUUCGUGACGUCUCCCGGGCUGGCAGCACCAUCGAUACAAGGCGUCAAGAAGUCGCAGACCAGCAGCUUCUCGUUGGGAGCCACGACGCUGAUAGAACCUAUACAUUCGAAAUCGAGACUGAAUAAGCUGAAUCCCAUGUCACUGCUGGCGCGGAGGAAGGCAUCACCAGCAAUGCCGCAACUGGCACCCCAAUCUCUGGUUUCGAGCAAGCGAGGAAAGAAGGUUACCGAGACCUUUGAUCCCCGGAUUCGAGGAACGCUUGUCCAUGACUUCAGCGCCCCUCGACCCAGGAAGAAGCUGUCCAACGGAGAUCUGCGGCAAGAUGCAAACUCGGCGCAAAACCUAAGAUAUCAGCGCAGUCCGAAUGGGGACCCGAGUAAUGCGGGCGAGGAUGUCACUAGCCCGUGGAGCGGUGGCAAUCACACUCCAGUCUUUACAGAGAACUUCGAGGAGGAACAGUAUCCUCAUGCUGGACCCCACGUGCGGAAAGCCAGUGACUUGACGGAUCUGCCACUUCCUCAGCCGCCCUAUGCCCGAGGCCUUCAAAAGUCACCUGAUCCAAAAAGCACCGAUGGAGCACAGAAGCAACCCCAUGGGCCCACGAGGCCGAAUACCCAGAAGCCGGCUCCAGAUUGCCCCCCGUUGCCACUCCAUCCACCGCCAGUACCACUGAGGCCAGAUGGGCCUUCAUCCGUUGAGCCACGGCGCGUAUCGAUAGAUCCCGCCUCGGCGCCUCCCAAGGCGGGUUCGAGGAGAAGUCGACCGCGCAGCAACGUCUCAGAGGUGUCUAUCAAAGAUGCUGCUGCGCUUCCCAAACACAUGAGAAGCACGUCUUCGCGAUUCAGCUUCGAUAUGGUCGGGGCAGCCAAGCAAGAGAAGUUGUUGGAAGAGAGGCACCGGAAGAAAGCUCAGAAGAAAGAAGCCGAGACCCUGGACGGCGGAGAUGGUCGACUGGAAGAUGAGCGAGGGGAUGAUGACUAUUAUGACCAUAUGGAGGACGACGAUGGGUUGGAGGAAUGGAUACCGGGGCUCGAAGUUGCGGAUGAGGAGGAUUACCCCUACGAUCACGAUGAUCUGGAAGAGCCGAUACCCAUGUCUGGUUUUGACGAAGGCGAUGCUUAUCCAGACAGCGGGAUCUUGGGCGGGUUCACGUUCCAGCACUCUUUAUUGCCAGCGCCAUUGAGUCCCAAGAGUCCAGCGAUAGCGAGCACCCCGCGAGAUGAAGAUGGCGCUGUUAUCGGGUUUGCCAUGUCCAGGAACUCGCCCUGGGCUCCAGACGCAGUCGAGUCGGGGUUGUCGCCAUCCUCGCCUCUUCCCUUCGGCCUUAAAGCAACAGGCCCUGUCCAAGGCCUUGGACUCCAGGGCAUGAAUACCAGGACUGCUGACGCUACGCGGCAAUUUUCACCCGUCGAUGAGUUCCCACGACCUCCCGCGCUUGAUGAUGAUGACGACCUGUACUUCGACGACGGCAUCAUCGGUGAGCCCGGUGACGGUGACAACCAUAUCGAGUUUGACGAGUCUGUUUUUGACAACAUCGACACAGACCAGUAUGGGAGACCCUUAAAACCACUUCCAUCCUUACCGGCCCAGCCCCUCCCGCUUAUGCUCGCCGCCGAUCUGUCCUCUUCCUUCCAACAUGGCACAUUAGAAGCGGAGGAUAUGAUCGAUCCCGCCUCUCCAAUCCUCCCUACAAGCGGCCGCCUCGCUCCCAAACCAUCCAUAUCAGGCCGCGGCUAUGGGAGUUCCGGCUCACAAGGAUCAGAGGGACCUCUACCACUUCCUACGCAAACGCUCACUCGCGACACUCUCGCUGCUUACCAGUCAGCUCUUGCAGAGGCAGCAUUCGCCGCAGCCGCCAACGGGAAAUUCCGCCGCGACAGCACCAACACGUCGGAGCAAGAAGACUCCCAGCCAGGCCUCAUCAACGACUCCGGUCAAACAUCGCAUUGCGAACCCUUCUCGCCUCCCUACGAUAAGUUAGAAGACGACUUCGACUAUGACGACGUACUCGAAGAUGAUCCCAUCAUCGCAGCCGCAAAUGCUGAAGCUCUAGCCAACGAUGACGAUGGUUUCUACGGGCAUGAAUUCGGGUUCUACUCGGCACCCGCUGAAGGCAACAAUCAAAUCGGUGGGUUCUUUGGACCUCGUGGGCUAUCGGGUGUAGCUCGUGGCUUGAGCAACAGAGUUGUCUCGCGAGAACCAAACCUCACUCCCAUCACCGAACGGUCCGAGUAUUCUAACCGAAACUCCUUCAUGAGUCUCGCCAUGCACCCCCCAGGCAGCAUGCCCUCUCCAGGGCUGGCACAACUCACAAACAUGCUCCGCACCCCAGGGGGCGACUACGAUAAUGCAGACAUCAGCUUUGAGGCCUUACUCAAGCUGCGGGCCCGCGCGUGGGGUGGUAGCCAAGCAAGCCAACACAGCAGCGGUGGCGGCGGCAGCCCCAAGAGCACAGCAGGUAUGGACGAUGGCCCCCCAAGCGGUGCACAGCCACCUUUGGCGCAAGCUGGUGCGGUGAGCCCGCGCCCCGGCUCUGGUUCUGGGCACCAGAAGAAUAGCAAGACCUUCAGUUUCCAUAGCGAGUGUGCGAGCGCGACCAGCAGUCCGCCUGCCAGUCCAACUCUCGCGACGGCGUUCCCGCCGCUGGAUGGGAUUGCAGAGAAGAGCGCGAAGGCGACCGAGAAGAAUAUGGGGUUUGAUACUGGGAGAAACGAGAGCAUCCGUCACACCAAGGGAGAGAGUCCAGAUGGCGGAAAGAUGGUGUUGGAGAGAAGACGGGCGAGGAAGAGUGGAGAGGAGGCGCCCGAGAGGGAGGUCGUUGAGGGUGGCAUUUAG